GCUCCGGCCACCGCAUCGAAGCCGCGCUGCAGACACGCACGGUGUAAACUUGGCGCUUCAGUGCGUGCCGUUGAAAAAUACAUAAGCGGUUAUUUUUCCUGAGAAACCGGAACUUGCUUGUCAAGUUUCACAUAUAGUCGGUGGAUCUUUUUUGUGUGUUCGACACCUCGAGCUCAAAGGUUUUAUUGGCUCAAAGGCUAUAUAGCCUACACGCACUCUUCCAUAUCUUUAAAGACGCUUACACCUGGUCAUUCGAGCUCAAGAAAGGCAUGGCCGUCCAGCAUCAAAUCACCACGGUGACCACUGGCCACAGCACGGGGUCAUGGAGCACAGGAAUGUGUGACUGCUGUUCUGACAUCGGUGUCUGUUGCUGCGCCUAUUGGUGUUUCCCCUGCAUGCAGUGUCAGACGGCUUCGCAGCAUGGCUGGUGUUGUUGCCUGCCUGUGCUGGACCCCUGUACCUGUUUCGGCAUCUCUUGCUGCCUGCGCAAGUCCAUCCGAGAACGCCAUGGCAUCGAGGGCUCAUGUAUGGGUGACUGCUGUAAUGUGUUAUGGUGCUACCCCUGCACAUGGUGCCAGAUGUCCAGAGAGAUCAAGCUGCGUGCCGGCCAAGGGGGCACCACCACAGUGAUCACCCAGCAGAUCAUGCAUGGCUAAGUGUCCUUCCACCCCCAAACGGCUCAUCUUCCUAAAUCUGCUAUCACAACAGCCACAGUCAUAGAUUGGAGUAGGCUUUUUUGCAUCAUAUCAUGCAUCCAGAGGAAUUAGUUAUUUCUCCUUUCAGUUGAAAGAUUGCAGUAACAUAAUUAGUUGAUAUGCCAUACCUGAAUCAUAAUAAUUCCACUUUUUUUGUGUGCCUAAAAUCAAAAAAAAGUUUGUGUUGCUUUGUUCGGGCAAGUAUUCAUGGUCUAUUAGUUCAUGAUGUGUGUCUACUUUCUUAAUAAAAUCAGUUGCUGUA